AUGGCUGCCAAUCUUUUUCAGAAGCUUACCGCGCCUAACGGCGUCUCCUUCGAGCAGCCUCUGGGUAUAUUUGUUGAUAAUGAGUGGCGUGAGGCCAAGUCUGGCCAGGAAAUCUCCGUCGUGAGCCCCAUAACUGAGCAAGAGAUUGUUCAAGUCCACGCCGGCGGCGAGGAAGACAUCGAUGAUGCCGUGAGGGCUGCGCGCAAUGCUUUCAGAUCAUGGUCAAAGACUGAGCCUACGCGGCGAGGCGACCUCUUGAGGAAGCUCGCCGAUCUGGCUGAAGAAUUGACAGACACCUUUGCCUCAAUCGACACAUGGAACAACGGGAAGCGGUUUGCGUCGGCCAAGGGAGAUGUCGGUGAAUUAGCAGGCGUCCUCCGCUACUAUGCUGGCUUUGCUGAUAAGGUGUUCGGUCAAGUCAUCUCAACUAACGAGAAAAAACUUGCCUAUACCAACCGAGAGCCCAUCGGUGUUUGUGGCCUGAUCAUCCCUUGGAACUAUCCGUUAGGCAUGGCUGCGUGGAAACUCGGACCUGCACUGGCCGCAGGUAAUACCAUUGUGCUAAAGCCUGGCGAGCAGACACCACUAUCGGUCCUGCUAUUAGCCACUCUUAUCGAGAAAGCCGGCUUCCCGGCUGGUGUGAUUAAUAUUGUUAAUGGUUUUGGUCGCACAGCUGGUGCCAGUCUUGCUAAGCACCUUGGCGUUGAUAAAAUUGCUUUUACUGGUUCUACGAACACGGGCCGCGAGAUCAUGAAGCUAGUAGCUACUAAUCUAAAGGAAAUCACGCUUGAAACAGGCGGCAAAUCACCUCUUAUUGUUUUUGAGGAUGCUGAACUUGAGAAUGCUGCGAAAUGGGCACACUACGGCAUCAUGGCCAACCAGGGGCAGAUCUGUACGGCAACUAGCAGGAUCUUGGUUCAUGAGAAUAUCUACGAGAAGUUUUUAGAUCUUUUCAUCCAAGAGGUAAAGAAAACGUCGGUUGUCGGUGACCCAUUCGCUCCUGGAACCUUCCAGGGCCCACAAGUCACAAAGGCGCAGUAUGACCGCGUUUUGUCGUAUAUUGAAGAGGGCAAACGAGAAGGGGCAACAUUGAGCAUUGGCGGAAAGCCUCACAAGGGUGUUGACGGUAAGGGCUACUUCGUCGAGCCUACUGUGUUCACAGAUGUCAAGGACCAUAUGAAAAUUUAUCGCGAGGAAGUCUUUGGGCCACUCGCCGCUGUCAGCUCCUUCUCAACUGAGGAGGAAGCCAUCAGACGAGCUAACGAUACUUUUUAUGGCUUGGGAGCAGCAAUCUUUACUGAGAAUAUCACUCGAGCGCUCGCUGUAGCUAAGGAUAUCGAGGCAGGAAUGGUAUGGAUCAACAGCAGUCAGGAUUCCGACUAUCGAAUUCCGUUUGGUGGAAAGAAGCAGUCAGGCAUUGGGCGUGAGCUGGGAGAGGCGGGUAUCUUGGCAUACACCACUAUUAAAGCUAUUCAUGUGAACCUGGGAACCCGAAUUUAG